UACCUUAUCCAAAACCAGAGUAGAUACUAACAUGGAAUCUGAUAGUUUGCUAUUGCCACCAAUAGAGGAAGAGCGGGGAGACGAUCCUGAAAUUGUAGAUUCAACAUUAUUGGGAAAUGAUUUAGAACAAAAGCUGGGUGAUGAGCAAAAUUUGAAAGUCUCUGAUGAGGAAAUCACUGCUACUGAAUCCAGAGAAAAUUUGCACUCUGAAGGCUCAGAGGAUAAUAACGGAAUGGAAUUGAGGAUUGAGACGGAUGAAGAAUACGAAUUUGAUGACGAUAUAGAAGAUCGAUCGAGUGAUUCAUAUUUUGCAGGCACCGGCAGUGAAUUGGAAGGAUCUGAGCCUUCUCUAGCAUUGAAAUCAGAGAAUGAUUUUCAGGAGCAAAGUGAAAUUAAUGUCAAAUGGAGAAUUUCUGACAUAUCAGGAAAAGAGCAAGAAAAUAGUGAGUUAAUUUCUGAUGAGUUCGAAAGAGACAUUGUAAAUAGAAACAGUAGUGUGGAUGAACAGAGUGAUCAGAAAGAGCCAUUUAUUGCUUCAAGUUUUAACAAAUUUCUGCACCUGCAAGAUGAAAAUGAUUCUCUGAUAGUUAGUGAUGAAGACGAAGAUCUUGAAAUUGGCGACGAUUCACUGAUAAGUGAUUCUCAAAUAAUUGACAAUUUGGAGAUACAUGAUGGCUCUCCUGGUACUGAUGAAGAGGAGAAUAUUUUUUCAUCUUUUACUUUGGAAAAUAACGUUUUAGAUGGAACGUCUGGGACUAAAGCUCGCGAAGAUAAUAGCAGUUUCAUGGGAGACAUUUUGGAAAACGUUAUUGAUAAUACAUUUGCAACUUUUGACAAGAAAACCCAGGAUUUGGAGGACUCAAUACGUUUAGCAAAGUCACAUAGAAGAAUGGAGAUAGAAAAGACGGAGUCUGAGAAAAAAAUGGAAAAGGAAAGGAAAAAAGCUAAAAAGCGUGUUGCGAAAAGAAGUUUCUUGUGGAAAUCUGAGGAGUCUAAAUUAGUUACUGAGAUUGAGUCUCUGAUGAAUCAGAGGAAGAAAGACGUUAUUGAACGUGCAACAUUAAAACCGUUUACUCUAGUAAAUGCACAUGGCUACAACAAAGAUCUUAGAAUCCUUUGUUUAAAUGUUAAAGGUGACAUACAACUUGGUCUUGCUUGUUCUCAUUCUUGCAUGUUAUAUUCAGUUCUGUCAAAGAAAGUUAUCAUAUUACAAGGACAUCGAAAUUUGGUGAGUUGUUUGUGCAAUGAGCCGACAGGACAAUGGUUGGCUUCUGCUGAUAUAGGUCCUGACAACUCGAUUGUCAUAUGGGAUUUAAUAAAUGGUUUCCCUCUACAUACGAUUUUUUCACCUCAUCAAAGGGGUACAAGGAGGGUGGCCUUCACAUCAGACUCGCAGUACUUGCUAUCCGUGACGGCCGGGCAAGAACAAGUUCUAAUGAUUUGGAGGUGGAGUAAGGGAGAUACAUUUCCUGAAGCUACGCUUCUGCUUCCAACUGAUUGUGAUUGCUCGCCAAUCAGAAGACUGGAUACUGACCCGGACCACGCCCACUACUUGAUGUGCACAUUCGAUGACAGAACUGUCUUUGUCACUUACAAUGCGAAUGAAAAACGUUUGCACCAGCACUUUCCAAAGGAAGAUAGAAAGUUGAAAGUUUGUGGACAGUUUACCAGUAGUACUUACGGCCUACGAACUCAUUUGGCCUAUACUGCCACCACAAAAGGAUAUGUUGUUCUUUGGAGUGAUGUGUCAUUCGAAAAAUCAUUCAAAACUGACAGCGGCACCAAUGUUAGUAAUAACAAAGAAUACAUUGAAAUAAUACGAUUGAAAAAUUGGAGUAUCAAUGAAAUAAAAUGCGUUCAGGAUAGAAGACGACUAAUAGUGAUAGCGGAUGAGAAAGGCGUUAUCAGCUUUUAUGAUAUCACCCUGAGAUUAUUGUUCUGGUGCCAGGAAAGCUUGAAGCAACCGCUGAAUUUUGUAGAACUCUGUCCUCAACGGUUGAAGAAAAAUGCUGAUCCAAAACGAGUAUCAUGGCCAAGAGGAUACCAAGAAUUUGGUAGGGGGUCUUAUAUUUCUAACGUGGUAACUUCAGAUGGAGCUUCCAAGUGUGCAAAUCCAGGUGUCACAAAAAUAUUUAGCAAGAUAUUCUUAAUGAAGAUGUUCAUAGUGGCUACAAAGAGUGGCGAUAUUUUUAAAAUGGAAUGUGAAGAACAAGAAUACAAGAAAAUAUUUUCUGCAACACUUGAACCUAUGACAUCUAUUGCUUGCCAUACAAAUAAAGAUUUUAUCUAUGUUGGAACUCAAAAUGGAGUCAUCUACUUGUAUGAUUUCAUAAAUCAAACUGUCCUUGUGGAGACAACCGUGAAAGAAGACAAAAGAGAAAAAAAUUGGAAGUGCUCUGUCACAAGUAUUGGAAUAGGAAAUCUAGGUUUGGAACUAGCAGUUGGUCUCGAAGAUGGUUCACUACAUUUUCACGAUUCUGUGUUAUUGGCAAAACAGGAAUCGUUCAAUAAUUCAAAAACAGCUAUAAGAAAUAUAGUUUUUGACAAAAACUGUAACUAUUUAGCACAUUUGGACGAUGAGAAAAGCGUAUCUUUGUACUCCGUUUCAGGAAAAAAGAUUUUCCUUGGUCGGUAUCAAUCUCAUUAUGAGAAUGUCACUGACCUGGUUUUCACUGACAAAAACAGUAAUUUAGUUUCAAUUGGAGAAGAUGGCAAACUUGCUACUUAUUUUCUUGGGAAUGAUGGAGAUGACAUCGAAAUAAGUGUAUCUGAAACAAUGAAUGAGAGGGCGAGACCUCUCACCUUGGUUCCAUACUACAAACCAGAAGGAAUUAUUGUUGAUAAAAUUCAUGGCGAAGAAUUUGUUUUGCUCGCCAAUUCGAAGUUCAAGUUCCAAAUCUGCUCAACUCUAACAAAGGAGUGUGUGAAAACCCUGCAAGCGCCAUAUCACAGUUCACCUGUCCGUUUCAUGAAGAUUCUACCACCAGAUUAUGUGAGGGGAGAAAAGAAACCGAAGUAUCUAGUCUAUGCUACAAAUAACGAAAUUGGCCUCCACUCCCUUCCCAUUGAUGGAAAUCCUUACAAAUGUUUGGCGGUGCUCGGCUCACCAACCAAAAUCCAACAGAUGAGUGUCAGCUCGGACAACAGAUACCUGUUCACGUUGAGCGAAUACGACGACUCUCUGCUCAUCUGGGAAAUAGACCCUUUGGCCGUACAACUAUCAGCUUUCUAUGGCGGAACAGGUCUGCAGCCCUACUACUCAAUGCUGGAAGGCGGCAGGGAUGGCUGGUUGAUGAAUGAAAUCAAAGACUAUUUCUACUAUUUCCAACUAGUACACGAGGGUGAACUAAUGAUGAGUAAACGAGAAGUGAGCAACCGCAUUCAUCUGUGUGAUCUAUUCGAGUUUCUGAAUUCUGUCGGUUAUUUUCCAUCGACAAGCGAAAAAGCGAGCAUUUACAGCGAGGUGAGAAGAAGACACCAUGGUAAAACUGACCACCAGAUAACGCUUGAUUUUGAUUUUGUUGUUCAACUUUAUUUGAACCAUAAGCCGACGUUGGGCAUAAGAGAGACGGAAGUGAGGAAAGCGUUCACUAAAUUGGCCAAACAACGUUCGAACCCUUGCUUCAACAAAUCUCCUGCUUCAAUUGAUAAGACUGCUUUUAUUGCAAUGCUCGCAGAAAGUGGGCAAGAAUUGACGACUGAAGAAAUAAGAACUAUCUUGUCUACUUUAACUUCAAGCCAUCCUCAAUCAACCACUUCUAGAGAAGCCGAGCAGGGAUACGAGUUUUUACCAAGUGAAAUUACUUAUAAUUUUUUUCUUGAAGAGCUGAUGGGACUGGAAAUCGAAACCAAUAACCAGACACAUAAUGAAAAAGAUACCAUAUCCUCUACAACGUGUAGCAACAGUCUAAUUUCGGAAACGACUACUACUGUUACAACUUAUUGAUUGAUUGACGAUUUUCUCCAUUCUUUGAUCGCUCAAUUUCAAAACAUAUUAAUAUUUUCAUAAAUAUUGCCUGAAAUUUUGUACCUUACACAGGAGCAUUAAAAAUUUUCAUAUUUAAAAUUGAAGCUUUUUCAAAUCAUUAUGAUUGAUUCUGAAGCAUUAC